CCAUUCCUACUAAUGACCACCGUUUAACUACUUCCUGAAAAAUCUCCAAGGAAACCAUCCAAAAAUCCACAUAAAAUGGAAGGCAAGGACAAUCGAUCAAAAGAUAAACGCCAUAAGAUGAAAACUUUCUACCGCAAUAAGAGCAAAUAUUGCAAAACAUCCUCUAGUUCGGAUAAAGCAGAACCAAUCAGGGGCUAUGUUGAUGUUGUGGACUCCAGUGACGAACGUUUCGUGGAUCGCAAUGAGUGGGUUAAGGGCCGUGGCCCAAGGGUAACCACACAAUUGGAAUAUGCUCGUGACCUGGAUAUGAAUUUGGAAGACGAAGAAAAUGAACAGAUGAGAGCUGGCGACUUCCAUUUAAUGUCCCAAAUGCCUUUGUCUGUGGGUGGACACUUUAAAUUUUCUUCAGAAAAACAAUGGGAACAGGCGGAGAAUGAAGCCUUCCUUGACAAUACGGAAGCUAGUGAAUACUUUACCUUGAAUCUGAAACUCAUCAAUGUGGGUCUUCAGACAAUUCCAUUCUAUAAACGUAUGGAUUUUUCAUCAACCAUGUUUAGCAAUGAACAAUUGAUGAGUAUGGAAAAGUCGGCAGAGUUGGCGGAAAAGACUUACCAGAAUGUUCUUAAGGAACACAUUGAUAAUCCACGAAUUCAAAUUAGUUCGGCUAGUCGUAAAACCAAUUCGGCUAAAAGUCAAAAAUCACAGGCUUCCAAUGCUAAAAAAGCUGCUUCGGAAGCACCCGACGAACUGGACGAGCUAUUAAAUAUGACAACAGAUCAAAUGUCGAAGGCCAGCGUACAGUCAGGUCGAAAUACACCAGCAACAAAUGCUCCCUCGACGCCGGUAACUGUAGCAGGUAAGCCAACUGGAGACAAUAAGGAUGAUAUUCAACAAUGGUUGGACAAUGUUUUAGAAGAAUAAAUUG